GGCUUGCUUUUUCUUUACUUCGCCCGGCUUAUCGGUGCCGUCAAGCUACUCGAAUCUACCGCCCUUAUUCCAUGCUCCGAUAGCAGUAUCAUCAAAACCAACAAAUUUAAGAUGACGCUGACGCCGGAUAAUUACAGCCUUGCGAUCGAAUUCGACGGCGAGAUUAACUACUCCGGAAAAAUCAUAAUGAAUGUUGAUUUGUUAGUCUACGGCUACAGUUUCUUGACUACGCAAGUAGAUCCGUGCAACUACAACACAUUAUCUGGGUUUUGUCCGUUGGUACCAGAAAAUAUGACAGUGCCAUCUGCGACUCUCUCCCUUUCAAACAGUACAAUCUCAGACAUUCCCAGUAUCGCGUAUAGCAUCCCCGAUCUCGAUGCCGUCGCCCGAAUUACCAUAUUAUCCAAAUCAACAAAUGAAAGUGUCACAUGUAUUGAGGCCCGCGUUAUCAACAGCACAACAGUCUACCAGGCCGGAGUAAGCUGGACACUUGCGAUUAUCACCGGGCUGGCCCUUUUUGCAAGCACAAUCCUCUCGAUUAUCGGCUAUUCCAACAUCGCGACACAAAUCUCGUUCCGCACAUUACUGUUUCUGGGCUUCAUGCAGAGUCAAGCCAUGGCGGGUCUCACUGCGGUGGAGUUCAAGCCGCUGGUCCAGAAUUGGACCCAGAAUUUUCAAUGGACUAUGAGCAUUGCACAUGCAGACUUUCUGAACACUAUCACGACUUGGUUUCAGCGUGCGACAGGAGGUACAGCCGCGGAUUUAUUUUCCGAAGCCGGCGAUAUUUCGGUCGGUCUCCUCAAACGGUCCACAAAAAUGCUCGUAAAGAGAAGCGAGCCAACAACAGAUGGUGGUUCAGAAGUCCUACUUUAUGGCAUCAUUCGCAUGGGAUACGUUGCAGGCAUUGAGUCUACCAACAUCUUUAUGACCGGAUAUCUGGUCUUUUAUUUUAUUGCUCUAGUUAUGCUCCUGGCAACUAUGGCUCUCAAGUUCGGUUUGCCUCCAAUUUUGAAGACGAAUAGAGUAAAGUCCCGUCACACCUUUGGUGCCCAGGUUGACUGGCAGAACUUUAUGCGAGGGAACCUCUGCCGAAUCGCAUAUCUUAGCUAUCCCCAAUUCUGUGUCUUUAGCAUGUGGGAACUAUAUCGACGAGAUUCUGCAGCCGAAGUCGUCCUCGCCAUCACCAUAUGGCUCGUCUUGACUAUCAUCCUCGGCAGUUCAACAUUCAGAGUGUUCCAACAUGUACGGUCUUCGAAAGGGUUGUCGGGAACCCUUACUUACCCGCUCUAUUUUGAUCCGGCGUGCCUCACGAAAUGGGGCUGUCUGUACGUCCAUUACAAGGCCGAGACGUACUACUUCAUCAUUCCUCUUCUAGUCUACACGAUCGUGAAAGGCAUGAUCAUCGCAUUUGCACAACAUAACGCCAUGGUGCAGGCCAUAGUUCUUCUCAUCUUCGAGGCUGGAUUCCUCGCCAGCACUGCAGUCAUCCGACCAUACAUGGACAAGAAAUCCAACACCUUCGCCAUAACCGCCGCUGCCAUCAACUUCGUCAACGCUAUCUUCAUCCUAGUCUUUUCCGACAUCUUCAACCAGCCAGAUCUCAUGACCGGGAUCAUGGGCGUCUUAUUCUUCCUCUACAAUGCGAUAUUCACCCUCAUCCUCACCAUCUUCCUGCUGAUUGGGCUCUUCUACGCCGUUCGGCUCAAGGAACCGAAUCCAGGAUCCCAGCGUUUCUACGACAAUCGCGCCUCCUAUCAAUCCACAAAAGGACUGAUCGAGAUGGAGAAUCGACAACCAGAUGAACUCCUCGCUCUUCAGGAAGUGGUGGCCACGGCGGAAGAGUACCAUCAGCAACAGCGUCCAUACUCACCCUUAGGUGGCAGUGCGAAAUCAAGCUCGGGACUUCAUUUGGAUUUGAGCAACAAUAUGUCCUCGGAGUCGCGCUGGAAUAUCGACCACGGACAUGAUGGGAGUAUCUAUAAUGUGCGACGUAGCACGGCGCCACCUUCGCCGUUUGACGACCCGAUUGAACCAACGCUGCCGUUGAUUCCUAGCAGUUCUGGGAUCUCUGGCCGUCGGGUAAAGGAGUGA